AAUUUAUCGAUUGUGGUGAUAACUUCAAACGCUGUCCCUUUGGACUACCUGUCCUCAGGUCUAUACCAUUCUUCCUAAAGACCAAUUGGCCUUUUCUGGUAAAUAUCAAGGGACUUACGACUUAUUAAGCUUGCUAUUGAAGUCAUGUCAAAAUGCCGGCCGAAGUAAUCAGUCUACUAUCAUCAAGUCCAGCCGCCGGACCUUCCCCGCCAAUCCUCCUCCCUGGUGCAGCCUCGUCGCGAACAACUCAGAAGCCCCCUUCCAGAGCCCUCGACUAUGGAAUCGUCGACCCAAACACUGGACCCUCAUCGAAGGUAAACAAAGGACCUGGAAAGAUAUGCCAUGACCCACCCAUUAGCGCAAAACGCGCGAGUGGCUAUAUUUCACGACGUGAUGACGACUUUAUGUUCCUGUCGGAUGACUUUGAUACAACCGGCGAUCUUGACGGAAACCCAGCUAAGAAGCCUCGAACCUCGACCUCGACCACGGGUAUCCAGAAGAGGGGUGAUAAUACUCUGCAAAGAUCAACCUCUGCCACGUUUACUUCUAAAAAUCUAAAACCGCAUUCACCAAAUGGGUUGAAUCGCUGGAACUGGAACGCAAUAGACGACCCCAUCGAACAUAGCAGCUCUCCUGGCAAGUUGGUUGCUAGUAAAGCGCCGAGCAGGUCGCAUGAUCUUUCAGAUCCAUUCGCAAGCCCAUUAAAGAAGCAGACGACGAACGCCAAGUCUUCCCGGCUGGAUUUGACGAGUGAUCCAUUCAAAAGUUCACCUAUACGAGAGGUUAAUACCCGCGCACCAUUAAGGGACACCACAGCCAAUCAAUCGUCUAAUGUCCCCUUUGAUUCUCCAAAGGGCAAAAAACCGACGAGGGGGCCAGUAGUCAUCGAUCUCUCAGAUGACGAUAGCGAAGAUUUGCCAAGAAAAUAUCAGCCCAAGAAGUCCAAGCAAAAUGGAGCAUGGGAUCCAAUAUCUAGUUCUAUGCCGGAAGCGAAGACCAGUAACAGCCAUAUCGUAGAUUCGGACUCCGAUGACUUACCCGACUUGGGCGACAUUGAUUUCUCGAAGAUUAGGUCUAGCAAACGUUUCUACAGUCUAACACCUUCGCCGCCUCGUAAGAAACCCAAGGCGGCGGUAAAAGAGAGGGGGACGACGAAAGGUGCUACGGCGAAGAAAGCGGCAGAACCGAAGAAAACUAGCGAAGAAAGAGACUACGAGAAGCAAAAGAAGGCAGAAGUUCGCGAAGCCGAAAAGGAACGCAAGCGUAUCGAAAAGGAACAGGCAAAGGAGCAGCGAGCCGCCGAGAAGCAGAAGGAGAAAGCACUCGCCGAAGUCAACAAGCUCAAGACCGACAGGAAAGUCGCCGUGCCGGAGAUGAUAGUGGACCUUCCCGAGUCCCUAAGCGUCGGCAUCAAAGCGCAGAUCGAAGAGCUGCUCCGGAAGAUGGACGUGCAGUUCGAGUACCGGCCAAACCGCAUCGGCGACGUGGUACAGUGGCGGCGGAAGGUAACCUCGAAAUACAACGAGGAGCUCGGGCACUGGGAGCCCGUCCCGAUGCGCGUCGUGCCCGAAGCGCACGUCAUGGUCAUCCUCGAAGCCGCCGACUUCGUUAAGCUCGUCCUCGGCGCCGAGGACCAAGGGCUCGAGGCCCACGUGCUGAAGAUGAAGACGGCGCACCCGGACAACAUUCUCCUCUACCUGAUAGAGGGCCUGACGCCCUGGAUGCGCAAGAACAAGAACAUCCAGAACCGGCGCUUCGCCAGUGCCGUCCGCGCCCUCGACGUCAACGACGCCGCCGCCGCCGCCGCUCCGUCAUCCAGCCAGCAACGGCGACGCAAGAACACCACGCAGCAAGAAUACAUCGACGAAGACAUAAUCGAAGACGCGCUGCUGACGCUGCAAGUAGUCCACGGCGCGCUGAUCCACCACACGAACCUGCAAGUCGAGACGGCGCAGUGGGUGGCCGUGUUCACGCAGCACAUAAGCACGAUCCCGUACCGGCGGGCGCGCGACGCCGCCGCCGACGCCGGCUUCUGCAUGGAGGCCGGGCAGGUGCGGACCGGCGACGGCGCCGCCGACACCUACGUCCGCAUGCUGCAGGAGGUGACGCGCGUCACGGCGCCCGUCGCCUACGGCAUCGCCGCCAAGUACGCUUCGCUCCCCGCGCUCGUGCGCGGUUUGGAAAGGGAGGGUCCGCUGGCGUUGGAGAAUUGUCGGAAAUGUGCGAAUAAGGAUGGUGCGUUUAGUGAUAGGGUUGUUGGGCCCGCGGUUAGUAGGAGGAUUUGGAAGAUCUUUACUUGUCGGGAUCCUGGGAGCAUGGACGUGUGAGGGGAGAAAAAGGGAGAGGGGACUGAUGGUAGAACGAUGGUUGAAUUUAGAAAUUACUGCAAGCGCGGUUUUGUAUCGUUCGGUUUAUAACGCAGAUGCCUCUACC